AAACUAAUAUCAUUUUCCUACCGAAUCCAGAUUUCCUAUUUUGCCAACCCCUCUCUCUCUCUCCCACCUGCCAGCUGCCACCACUCAGUUUGAGUUGAAAGCCCCAUUUCUCCUUCCUUUAAACCCUAACUUCUGUUCCUCCUUGACUCACAAUCAAACUAUACAGUUUAGUUCCUUUGCUCUUUACCAACUCUCUCUCUCUUUCUCUCAUGGCUUCUGUUUCGAAGUUAUCAAAUCCCGCCCCGGCUUCUUUGCCGGAGUCGUUCAAGUCCAGAUCUUUCCAGCCAAGGUGCUUGAUCGAUUUCCGAACCAAAGCUGUUUUCAACGCCAGAAUUUCAUUAUCUUCUUCGACGUUGUCUCUGCGAAGCUGUAACGAUGCUAGGAGGGGAUCCUUGGUUGUUAGAUGUUCCCAACUUGAUGGAAAUGGAAGCCAAAUAAAGAGAACGGUUCUUCAGGAUCUCUAUGAGCUGCAAGGACAAAGUCCGUGGUAUGAUAACCUCUGCAGACCCGUUACGGAUUUGCUUCCGUUGAUAGCAAAUGGGGUCAGAGGUGUAACCAGCAACCCAGCGAUUUUCCAAAAAGCGAUAUCAUCCUCAAAUGCUUACAAUGAACAAUUCAGGGAACUUGUCCAAUCAGGGAAAGACAUAGAGAGUGCGUACUGGGAGCUUGUUGUUAAGGACAUUCAAGAUGCUUGCAAACUUUUCGAGUCAAUCUAUGAUCAAACGGAUGGAGGUGAUGGUUAUGUUUCUGUCGAAGUAUCACCCAGACUUGCUAAUGACACUGAAGGGACUGUAGGGGCUGCAAAAUGGCUUCAUAAAGUGGUUGAUCGUCCCAAUGUGUACAUUAAGAUUCCUGCCACUGCUGAAUGUAUUCCUUCAAUCAAGGACACUAUUUCACUGGGCAUAAGUGUCAAUGUGACUCUCAUAUUCUCUUUAUCUAGAUAUGAGGCUGUUAUUGAUGCUUACUUGGAUGGCCUUGAGGCUUCUGGGCUGAGUGAUCUCUCCAGAGUUACAAGUGUUGCUUCCUUCUUUGUCAGCCGCGUGGAUACACUCAUUGAUAAGAUGCUUGAGAAGAUUGGAACCCCUGAAGCCCUUGAUCUCCGAGGAAAGGCUGCAGUAGCUCAAGCAGCCCUGGCAUAUAAGCUCUACCAAAAGAAAUUCUCUGGUCCAAGAUGGGAGGCUUUAGUGAAUAAAGGUGCUAAGAAGCAGAGGCUUCUAUGGGCUUCAACCAGUGUGAAAAACCCAGCUUAUUCCGACACCCUAUAUGUUGCUCCUCUCAUUGGACCUGACACUGUCUCAACAAUGCCUGACCAGGCUCUCCAAGCAUUUAUCGACCAUGGUACUGUUUCGAGGACUAUUGAUUCAAAUGUUUCGGAAGCAGAAGGCAUUUACAGUGCACUUGAGAAGCUGGGGAUUGACUGGGACUAUGUUGGAACUCAGCUGGAGAUUGAAGGAGUGGAGGCGUUCGAGAAGAGCUUUGACAGCCUGCUUGAUAGCCUGCAGGAGAAGGCCAACUCUCUUAAGCUGGUGACACACUGACACUGUAAGCUCUUUUAUGUCUUUGUAAUGGUAAUUUCAAUAAAGCCAGUGGGCUGUAAAGGCGUUCACGAGUGUGUGUGUGUGUGUGUGUGAGAGAGAGAGAGAGAGGUGAAUAAUGUAUCAUAUAUGGUUGGACACAAAUAGAUUUCAAUUCGUCUUAACAGUGUUUCAUCAAAUUGAGCAGUGGAGUUAAUUUUUAA